GGAGUUUUUGGAGUUAUUUGAUUUGUAAGAUAUCACAAGAAAAUUUCUCCUUCGCUCACUUCUCCUUUUUAUUUUUUUAAUUAAAUUUUGUUUAACUUUAUUAAUAUUUGAUACUUUAAAUUCUUCAUCUUUUUAUAAUAAAAAAAAAUAAUGCCUCCAAUUCCAAUUAUACCACGUAAAAUCCUUUUUGGUAAUCCUUCAAAUGUUUUACCAAAAAUUUCACCGGAUGGAAAAUAUUUGGCAUAUAUCGCACCAAAAGAUGAUGUUUUAAAUAUAUAUCUUACCGAUAAUCCUAAAGAUUUGUCAUCUGCGAAAGCAAUUACCAAUGAUAAAGUUAGGGGUAUCAGAAAUUUUUGGUGGAGUUUUGAUCAUCAGAUUGUUUAUCCACAAGAUAAGGAGGGUGACGAAGAUUUUAAAUUAUAUUCGAUUGACUUAAACACUGGUGAAAAAGUUACAUUAACUCCAUUUGAUGGAACAACUUCUGAACCUGUUAAAUUUUCUCCAAAUUAUCCUAAUGAAGUCAUUAUUUCAAUAAAUAAACCUGAUCCCACAGUUUUUUCAUUAUAUCGUUGUGAUUUAAAAACUGGUGAGAUUAAUUUAAUUGAAGAGAAUACUCAAUCAUUUGAUAGUUAUUUUUUAAAUGAUGAUUUAGAAGUUUGCUUUGCUAGUAAAUUAACUGAUGAAGCUGGGAAAAAUGUUUAUAGAAAAGUUAAUAAUGAGUGGGAAUUGAUGAUCUCUUAUGGAAUUGAUGAUGUACAUUCUUCUGAAAUAUUCUCAAUCGUAAAAGAGGAUAAUGAGGAAUUGAUUUAUUUGAUCGAUUCACGUGAUAGAGAAUAUAGUGCAAUAUAUAAAAUUAAUUUAAAUGAUCCUGAAAAGAAACUUCAUAUAGUAGCUGAACCAGAUAAUCAGGAAGCAGAUAUUAACAACGUUUUAACUGAUCCCAAUACACAUGUUCCGUUAGCUUAUUCAGUGAAUUAUUUACGUACAUCAUGGAAUCCUAUUUCUUCUGAAAUUUCAUCAGAUUUAGAAUUUUUAAAAAGUGUAGAUGGUGGUGAUUUCACUAUUUUAUCUCAAACUCUCGAUAAUACUAUUUGGAUUGUUUGUUUUGAGAAUGAUACUCAAACUGCAAAGUAUUAUUUAUUUGAUAGAAGUAAUGAUAAGUGUAUAAAUUUACUGUUUAAUUCAAAUCCAAAUUUGGAAAAUUAUUGUUUGGCUAAAUUAAAUCCUAUUGUUAUCAAAUCUAGAGAUGGAUUAGAUUUAGUUAGUUAUUUAACUUUACCAUUAAAUAAAUAUGAUCCUUAUAGUGAUUAUAAACCUACUCAUCCUUUACCUAUGGUGCUUAAUGUUCAUGGUGGUCCUUGGGCGAGAGAUAGUUUCGUUCCUUUAAGAACAGAUCAUCAAUUCUUUGCCAAUCGUGGAUAUGCUGUUUUAAGCGUAAAUUUUAGAAGUUCAACUGGUUUGGGUAAAUCUUUGCUUCGUGCUGGUAAUGGUGAAUGGGGCGCAAAAGCUCAUGAUGAUUUAAUUGAUGCUGUUAAUUGGGCGAUUGAUGAAAAGAUUGCUGAGAAAGAUAAAAUUGCUAUUUAUGGCGGUAGUUAUGGAGGCUAUGCUGUUUUAGCAGGAUUGACAUUUACACCUAAUGUAUUCGCUGUUGGUGUUGAUAUUGUUGGUCCUUCGAAUCUUGUUUCUUUACUCAAUUCGGUCCCAUCAUAUUGGAAAUCACGGAUUAGUGAAUUAAUACAACGUAUUGGUGGAAAUCCUGAAACCGAAGAAGGUGUUAAAUUUUUGACAAGUCGUAGCCCAUUAACUUUUGCUGAUAAUAUUAACAAACCAUUAUUAAUUUGUCAAGGUCAAAAUGAUCCGCGAGUAAAACGCGCAGAAUCGGAUCAAAUCGUUUCUUUAUUAACAUCAAAAUCGAUCCCAGUUAGUUACGUAUUAUUUAAUGAUGAAGGUCAUGGAUUUGUUAGACCUCAAAAUAGAAUAUCAUUUUAUGCUAUGACAGAAAAAUUUUUAUCAAAGGUUUUAGGUGGUAAAUAUGAAGAAGUUAGUAAUGAUUUUGAAGGUGCAAAUUUUACUAUUCUUAAUGGUAAAGAAAUAUUGGAAUAAAGUAGGUCUAUGUAUAUAUGUAUGUAUGUAUUUAUUUAUCAUAAAUGAAUGUAUGUAGAAAUAAUUAAUACAUAACGUAUGCGACAAUCAAAAAAUUAGAUUAGCAGGUUAGAUCACAUUGUUGUUACACUUUCUAGAAAACGAAA